AUGAUUAAACUAUCGCAUAUUUCUGGGUUCACUUGUUAAAGGUCAAUUGUACUUUCACAGAUUUUAGCAUUCACAUAUUAUUCUGCAACUCUUGAGUCAGCUACAAUUUUGCAAAGUAAAGGACGGGCUGGAACGACUAUCUAUCUAUCUGUGAGUAUCUAUCUAUCUAUUUGUUAUACUGCGGAGGCACUGAACCCUACACCAGUCGUUAGUUCGCUCUCAGACGGAAACAGUACUUUGAGCUAGACAGUUGUAGUCCAAACCCUAGAGAGAGAACCAAGUACAUUGAAUCACCAGGGUUCAAAGUUACUAACCCAGUAAACUCUAGUUUAUUAAAUAUGUGUGCUACUAGUGAGAAAUCGACCCCUAUGGAGACAGAAAAUGAAGCAUUGAACAGUCUGGAGACGGAAUCCUGUAUGUCUUGUGCUGAUAAGCGUAAGACAGACGAGAUGAAGAGAUCACAUCCACUUCUACCCUUUGAGCAAGCGUACAAAGUUGGAGAUGUUCUGGGUAAAGGAGGGUUUGGAGUUGUCUACGCCGGAAUCCGAACCAGAGAUUCUAAACCUGUUGCAAUUAAACAUGUCGCAAAGGCAAGAGUGACCGAAUGGUCGACUCUCUGUGGGCGAACUGUUCCACUUGAGCUUAAACUUCUUCAUUCAGUUCAAUCCGUCCCUGGAGUUAUUAAACUCUUGGACUUCUAUGAACGUCGGGAUUCCUAUAUUUACGUUCUAGAGCGCUCAAUGCACUCCAAGGAUCUCUUCGACUUCAUAACAGAGAAGCGGGCUCUUCACGAAGAAGUUGCCAAGAACUUCUUUCAGCAAGUAGUAGGAACAGUGCUCGCGUGCUACGCCCGAGGAAUCGUACAUCGAGAUAUUAAGGAUGAAAAUCUGCUGGUUGAUGUGAGGACCGGAGAACUUAAACUCAUUGAUUUCGGCUCCGGAGCUUUUCUGAAGGAUGAACCCUACACUGAAUACGAUGGUGAGUUUGAACAUUAUUUAGUUUUUUUUAAAUAAACUUUUAAAACAUA